AUGCAACUCCAAGCUUACGAUAUAACCCUCGUAUACAAGAAAGGGACUGAAAUGUACCUGGCAGACGCGUUAUCACGGGCAUUUCCURCUACCGUAGUAAACGAAGAGUUCGAGAAAGAAAUGGAUUCCGAAAAGUUCAUACAUCUAAUGUCUACGGAGGGCUACGUGACGGAUCGCAAGCUGAACGAGAUUCAAAAUGAAAUAAACACAGAUGAAACGACGCAAAUAUUGAUCAAUCAAAUAAGGAAUGGCUGGCCGGAGAAUCGACAUCURGUACCAUUGGAAAUUCGAGAAUAUUACCCUUACAGACACGAAUUAACUGAACAAGAUGGACUUGUCUUUAAGGCUCACAAUGUGCUUAUUCCCGCGAAACUGAGAUCAGAAACACUGGCUAAGUUACACCGCGCACACCAGGGCCUAAACAAGACAAAGCGCCUGGCACGCGAAUGCAUAUUUUGGCCUGGGAUGAGCAAAGAAAUUGAGGAUAUGAUAUCGCAAUGUCCCACAUGCUUGGAGCAAAGGAGGACUAACUGUAAGGAACCAUUACAACCACACGAGCUUCCCAAGCGGCCAUGGCAAAGGGUCGCGACUGAUCUAUUUGAAUGGAAGGGUAAACCUCACAUAGUAAUUGUUGAUUACUACAGCCGUUUUCCUGAAAUUGCUGAAUUGCGUGACAUGAAAUCACGAACAGUCAUCAACAAAUGCAAAUCUAUAUUCAGUAGACACGGAAUUCCCGAAGAAAUCGUAUCAGACAACGGUCCACAAUAUGCGUCCCAAGAGUUCACUAAAUUCGCAUCAGACUACGGGUUUACUCACACUACAACAAGCCCCCACUACCCGCAAUCGGGCGGGAUGCACGMAAGAGCAGUACAAACAGCAAAGGCUAUUCUGAAUAAAACGCUGCUAAGUGGUCAAGACCCGUAUCUGGCUCUGCUUGACUACAGGAACACUCCCAUUAAUGGAGUCACGCCAUCACAAGCACUAAUGGGCAGAAAAUUACGCUCCGAUAUCCCGGCAAAACCUUCAACACUAACUCCUAAACUGAUCGACCACCAGGAGUUCAUCAUGAAGAGGAAAGAUGAUCAGGUGACUCAGAAAUUCUACUAUGAYAGGUCAGCWAAACCCUUAGAGAGCCUAAAAAAAGGGGACACCGUAAGAUUCAAGCAAACUCCUGAAUCACCUAUCUGGAAACCCGCUACAAUUGUGGAUUCUCACCAUACCCCAAGGAGCUAUAUACUUCAAACAGCCGAUGGUGCAGAAUAUCGAAGAAAUAGAAAGCACAUCAUGAAAACCAAAGAGCUACCUACACCACUCUCUACAGAACCCGAUUCAACACCGACGGAAAGUCUUGAACAAGAUAAAUUAGCUAUAGAGAACAAACAGGAUGACAUGAGUCCUCCUACGAAUACGGACGCAUGUGUACCCACAACGCGGCGAUCUGGAAGGAUUGUCAAACCAGUGAAACGUUACGGAUUUGACAACUAG